AUGUCCUGGCCGACAACAGGAGAUACUCAAAACAGCCCCAUCCCCAACGCAGUGGAAUGGCCUACAAUCCAGGCGAAGAGGAUACGAUGUACUGGUCAAAAGCCCGCAGUUUGUCAGGACUGCCGUAAGAACGGGUUGAAAUGUCGAUAUAGCGAUGGAAAAAGGGAACGAAACAGAAAGCAGCUUCAAUCUCUUGAAAGCGAGUGUGCGAAAUAUAAAACGGCAAUUCUCCAGCUGAACAAGCAGCUGGGCGUUAGCUCACCCUGCGGCGAGGGUCCCGAUGGAGAUACCGACGAGAAGCUUCACGCUACUAUGGAGGACGUAGUGGAAGAACCCCCCGAGGAACUGCAAUCCAUGAGGAUGGUCCGAAAGCAGGAGCAGCAAGAUAGGGGAACCAUACGACUAUUCGCUGCAAGUAGCUCCCAGCCACAGCCGGAGACCUCUUUAAAGAGUAGUCCUUAUAUCCAGCCAGAUACGCCUUUGACUCCAUAUUCUCCGAACCUGCCAUUGAACCCUCAAAACUUUCAACUGCGGGACGUCACUCGAUGCCCAAUCCAGCCGAUGGGUGUCAGGAACUUGAUGGGAACAGAACCUUUCUCUUGCGGUAGUGGAUAUUACGCCCCCAAUCCUAAUCUCGUCUUUACUGGUUUCAUCGAAGGAUUUAACGCUUAG